AACACUCGCGUCGUUUCCGGUUGCAUGUGUACUGUACACACACUGUACAAAGUUGUGAAGCGUUAGCUAAUACUGUGCUGAUAUGGCGGAGAACACUAUGACAGUAACAGUCGCUUAUGGCUCAACCAAACACAACAUCACUCUAACAGCACAGGAUGGACAUGAAGCACUGUUAAAGGAUUUGUGUGAGGCACUUACAGAAGCCACAGGAGUACCAAUACCAUCCCAGAAAGUCAUAUUUAAAGGGAAAUCACUGAAGGAGAUGGAGGAGCCGCUGUCCAGCUUCGGAAUAAGGCAGGGUUGUAAACUGAUGAUGAUUGGAAAGAGGAACAGCCCUGAGGAGGAAGGUGAGCUUAAAAAGCUCAAAGACAUUGAAAAGUCAGUGGAGCAAACUGCCAAGAAGCUCGAGAAGGUGGAUGGUGAACUAACAGGACUGAAGAAUGGUUUUCUUGCAAAGGAGUUGCAAGCUGAGGCUCUUAACAAACUGGACCACAGGGUGAAAGUUGCCGCUGAGCAGUUCAUGAAAAUCCUAGAGGAAAUAGAUGGAAUGAACUUGCCUGAGACUUAUAGUGAUUCCAGGAUGAAGAAAAAAGGACUUGUGAAAACUGUUCAGCUGUUUGGACUUUUAUUCUGACGGCACACAUUCACUAUAGAAGACCAGUUGUGAGCAAGUGAUGUAAUGGCAAAUUUCUCCAAACAAUUCCGAUGAUGAAAUAAAAUUACGUCUUUGAUGGCCUGAGGGUGAGUAAAUGUAAAUUAUUGGGUAAACACUUCCUUUAGUAUUGGGAUAUAAUAAAGCACCUUAGACUUAAGCAUAACCAUGACCAUUAUUAUUCAAAAAUAUUGUUCUCUUUAUUUUCCUCAUACUCAGGGUUUCAUAGCACAGUGUGACAAAAUUGAAGCUGGAAUAUCAGACCACUUGGCUAAGAUUCAGACAAAAAACUUAGCCUUAGCAGAAUGAUCAUGAAUUAAGACUCUUGAUCUCAGUAGUUACUGGUGCUGCAAAUGAAGAACCUCACUGAAAGCUUUGGCACUGGAGGCGGUCCUGCAGUUCAACUACACUCCACAACCUACACAUGCACCUGUUCUACAGAGAAGAACAGGCAACACUCCAAACAUUUUGAAAUGGUUUUCUUAUGAGUUUAGAUUUUUCAUGCUAAUUAUUGGAAAUACUUAUGGCUAGGUGUAGGGAGUUUUGACCAUCUGGACCACACUGUUCACUAUUUAAACAUCAUCUAGUCUGACAGAUGUUGGAUUCAGUCUUAGUUUAAUCAAAGAAGGGGGGGGGGGGUUAACGAUGCUGGAGGAAAACCCUUUAAGGAUCUAACGUAAAUGAUAAAAUUCAAUAAAUCGUUUAUUUAUUUAUUUUUGCAGUAAAUUUUGGAUAUUUUUUGUUCUAUUUAUGAGAAGAUUGUAGAAUUG